GUCACGUUGUCAACAAAUAUGGCGGAGUCGAAUUUUCGCAGUCGAAAUAGUUUCAGUCGAAGUUAUUCGCAUUCUAGGAAGCGUAGGUACUCUGAGGGCACGUAUGACAAUGACAGUGAUGAAGACAACCGACCAUUGUCAAAGUAUGACCACUUUACUAAGAAGGAAAUGGCGGAGGAGAUACGAAGAGUCAAAGAUGGAAUCGUCCACCGACAACUUUUUUCGUCAGAAAUGUGCGAAUUGAUUGAAAAGAAAAUUGAAUCGGUUGUAGAGAAAGCAAACCGUGGGGAAUAUAAGCAAAAAACAGUCGACAGAGCACCUCUUCGUUGCAAAUAUUUUUUUGGAGAAGGCUAUACAUAUGGAUCACAACUCGAUAAAAAGGGACCAGGUGGGGAACGAUUGUACCCCAAAGGUCAAGUGGACAAAAUUCCAGAGUGGAUACACAAAUUAGUUGUUCAGCCAUUGGUUGAAGCGAAAGUCAUUGAAAAAAACUUUGUUAAUAGUGCAGUGAUAAACGAUUAUCAGCCUGGUGGAUGUAUCGUGUCACAUAUUGAUCCCAAGCACAUAUUUGACCGUCCUAUCGUCACUGUGUCAUUCAUGAGCGAUAGCGCAUUGAGUUUUGGCUGCAAGUUUUCCUUCAAGCCAAUUAGAGUAUCAAAUCCUGUUGUUGUGCAGCCAGUGAAGCGGGGCUGUGUACUAGCGAUUAGUGGAUACGCUGCAGAUGAGAUUACCCACUGUAUCAGACCUCAAGAUGUCACCAAGAGAAGGGCUGUCAUCAUUCUGCGCAGAGUGCCGGAUGAUGCGCCAAGGCUUGGCGACCCUGAUCCAAUCAGACGUCCUCUAAGUGCCUCAGUGGGUGCCAAGCCCCGCAAGCGAAGCAGCAAAAGCAACUCAUUUUUGUAUCGAGAUUCAGGCUCGGAAUCUGAAGAUGAUUAUAAAUACCAUGGCCGUAGCAACUCAGCAAAGAGGGAUAGCCCCAGAACAGGAGGAAUGAGAAGUAGUCCUGGUAGCUCUUCAAGCAAGCGUAUAGUAAAAGCACCUGUUAGAAGUUUCUGCCUGCCCAAUGGUAGCUAUCUUAAUGCCAAGGAAUUAAACAGUGAAGAAGAAGUUGCUGAAAAGGAAGAAAAGCCACCGAAAAAGAAACGUAAAGUAUCUGAGCACAAUAGUAACAGUGAGAAAAAAUCAAAAAGACGAGAAGUUCGGUUUUCUCAUUGAACUGAUAUCGAGUAGACCUCUUUAUAUGGGCAAAGAUCACUGGAUUCUUGACGCAGCGAGGAACAUGUGUAUAUAUGUGUAUUUAACGACAAAGUGGGCCAGAAAUUGGUACACUUUUUAUUCAUAGAUUAUUAAAAAUUUGCGAUUAUGGCCUUCUCUCUAUUGUGUAUAUCACAAAUUGAUUUUGUUCUGUGUAGUAAUAUCUGACAUAAAUUCUAAUCAGGGGACUCUGUCAAUUAGAAAAAAGCAAAGUGAAUGGGCAGGUCGUGAAUUCACACAACCUCUCAAUUUAACCAGAUGUUCUCUGUUCCAAUGAUGCAAUGUGGGAUUCAUUGAAAAAAUCUUGAGAUUGAUGAAUUCAAAGGAUAUCAUGAAUCCACCUACAGAGGGAUAAAUCGAAUCUAAUUUUACAUAGAAUUUUGGUCAUACUCCA